CUUCUUCACUUUCUGAUUUUGCAUGCAGGCGCCAGAAGUUGGAGCCUUGCGGCAAUAGGCGCGAAACCUGCUGCGUCAUUGCCUGCGGCUGGUUUGUGUUUUUUUGAGAAAACUUUCUUCACCGGUAGUUCGCGUCUGAGUGAAAACAUACAAAAAAGAAGAUGGAGGCAGCCCUGAGUGCUUUGACUUCCACCGGCGCUACUAGCAGCUCGUCGUCGUCAGUGUCGCGGAAGAUUGACGUGCAAAAAUCUAGAAAUGCGGCUGCUCAUCCACGCAAUUCCACCCACGGUCCAGCAGCACUGCUGCGGAAAAGCUGGGAAGUGCGAGGUCUUCAGGAGCGAGCGAGGAGAUAUAACUUUCGGUCUACAUUCUCUCCCGCAAAGCGCAUCGCUCGACUUUUUGGGACAAUACUAGCACCUCGGACCGCAAAACAAGCGCAAACACAACUCGAGCCGGUCUCUGCGCCAGCCUCUAUCGCGCGGAAGACACGUAAUCGUAGGAAGCGUCGAGUACGAAAGAAGAUUAUGAGUGACACGAGUAACAGAAGAAUUAUCAGGAGUCUCACAGCUGCUGCCACAUUUUGUAUCUUCACGAUUCUCAAUACGACCCAUCCAACUCUCGCUGGCGACUACGAUGUGUCUGCGUGGACAAACUGGCCCGCACUUGCCGGUCUUCGCUGCGAAGAAAUGGUUGAUUUUUACCCGGUUGGCGCAGAAGGUAUGGAUUGGCACGAUGAUAUCGGUAGGGACGCGGUCAGACUCUGCGCCCAUGUCGAGGAAUGCGCGGGGAUUAUGCAGUACGUAGGGGAGCAAGAAACCGGGACGUUUUUCUGGAAGGGUAGGCCGCAAUUCUGCAAAGCGGGCGACGGAGAGGGAAACAAGUUCCCGAUUGUAAAGAAAAACCACGACUGGGUGACAAUCUACAAACCGGAGUACCUCUUCCGCGGCUGCCCCGAAAAGUACCCGACGUGCAAAAUCGGCGCGGAUCCGUGGCUGUUGGGCGGUGGGGAGCAAGAGCUUGCAGCUGCAACCGGUGCUGAAAGGAAAGCUGCGUCAGCAGCCGCUCCUGGUCCAUCUAGCACACAGCUGGAUCCGACCGCAAACUAUGACUACGUCUUCACGUCGUCCCUCGACAUGCCGUUUUUCGCGAAGAAGGGAAAGUACAUCCACCUGGACAUGCGGGAGUUCACGGGGAAGGGGCUUGGCGCGUCAGAAGCGAAAGCAGGCUUCAUGUCGGUUUUCUUUGACCACUACGAUGCGGUAUGUCCGGGCGGGAUCGACAUUCACAUGGCGAUUGAGGAGAUGGGGUUGGACGACGUGUACAUAGACGACGGCACGCCGAAGGAGAGGAAGAAGGCUUUCGGGCCGUAUCAGUUUACGUUUUUCUGCGGGAACUUCCACAACGAGACGAGCUAUCCGCCACAGGCUUUGGUGGAUACGUUUGUGCUCGGGAGUUUGCCUCUCGUUCCGUAUGAAUUGUAUCGAGAUUUGGCGAAAUUCCACUUUCACCUACCGGACGCGGGGCAGGGGGUGAGGCGCCUACGAUUGAAGUCCGCCGAGGAUUACUUGAGUGACUUGGCGGGGAAUCCGAAGAAAGAGGAAUUGAUGGCUUACAAGCAAACAUUUUUACUCGUCAUGCAGAACUUGCUUGCCUACCGGUACCGAAUAACGGCGCCAGAGCGGAUUGCGAACGGGAUGUGUCAGUUGUGCAAGAUCAAGGAAAACGACAAGGACGGAGGUACAGUGAGUUUCAGGAUAAGAGUGGUGAUCUCCAAGGAAAUUUUCGAGUGAUGGGUUUGGAGAUAAUUUCUGCAUGAGAAAGCCGCCUGCGGAUGAAUGAACGCGUAACACAAAUUCAAAUCAUGACAGACAACAUCAAAUACGGGUUCGCGAUCAUGAGCCGGCGCAACCAGAAAGAAGUUCGCGCGGGCGUCCGCCGCACCUGGGCAAGUUGGAUCCGCCGGAGUGGGCACUUUUUCGAAAAGUGGACGUCGCUGAAAAUGAGCCAGGUAAUGAGGAAGAAAAUUUGUUUUGCUACCGCCCGCGUCAAAGCAAAAAAUUCAUUUUGCAUGCACCGUAGAAAGGAAAAUACUCUCGUCAUAAGUAUCUAUCUUCAGGUUGACUACCGCUUCUUCGUGGGACACCGGGGUCCGGACAAUCCAAACGACAUUGACGACGAGCCAGAUGUGGAAGAAGUUGGGGUUGUCGAGUCCUACCGCACCAUCAACGUGAAGGCGCUCUCGAUGGUUGCGCGGGCGAACGAGUUGUGGCCGAAACUGACGUUUCUCCUCCGCUGCGACGACGACAUUUACUUGCGUGUUUUCCCACUUUUGUACCACUUGGAGCGCCGCACGCCCGUCAUGUACUGGUGGGGCAAUUUCGACCACGGCAGCAACGUGGUGCGGAAUGAAACCCAUCCGCACUACAACACCUUCACGCAAUUACCGGAACAAGCGCACCCGAUGUGGGGCGAUGUCUUCCCGUUGUACGCGCGGGGGUCGCUUUGGAUCAUGAGCAGUGAUUUACUCGAAAAGGUGGUCGAGGCGUUUCGGGAGGAGGAAAACGCUUACAAGAAGGGGGGCGACGCAAAUUUGGCGGAACUCGCGAGAACCAUUCCGCACCCGGACGACCCCAUGAUGGGGAUUUUUGUGGAGAAUCUGGUGGAUCGAGGGACGAACAUCAAUGUGGACGAUAGAGAUUGGAAUUUGUUCUCGUUGAACCCCUCGUGUGAUGCGAAAUUCUCCAUGCUGCACGAACGGACCUGGAUUAUCCACCACGUCAACGCGGAAACCAUGGACUGCUUCUUCGACAUUGACAUGAAGAACUUCACCGCGUUCCCGACCCCGUUUCCGUUACAAAGGGACUUGCCGUCGCUCUGCACCUGCGCGAUGAAUGUGACGGAGGAAGACAACGGAGACUGGGACGAAUUGGAAGAUCUGGCGCCCGGGCAGGACCACUGGUACCCGAGGAAAAGAUUCAACCCAGAACUAGAAUUCGUGGACGAACGGGAUCAGGAGGAGGACGUUGCCACGUUGGACGCGCCGUCUUCUAGAAGUAGUGCUGGGAAAAGCACCAGCAGCAGUGGUUCAUCUACUGAGGAAGGUCGUGCAAGAACAGAUUCAGACAGCCCAACCGCUGCGUCGGAAGAGGAUCAAGAAUCGUCUGACGGUGCGCCAUAUCAAGUGUAAAAAUGGCUGGGUCUGGAAGAGUGCGCGACUUGUUAUGCAGCUUUUCCAUGACCCAUGAGGUCUGGAAUGCAGGACCUAGCGUGACAGAUUCUGUGCGAUCUCUUUCAUGCCUAUCCUGCGUGAGAAACUCCCUUGCGACUUGGUCAAAACUGGGCGACUUUUGGCAAUCAUGCAACACAGAUUUUUGCAUUCUUCAGAUUUAGCAUGACAAGUUGCAUUCUUCCAGACCCAGACAUUUUUACAUUUGAUACGCCAUCCGCUGCGGAAUCUUCGGCGGGGUCUGAGGGAGCGGUAGAGGAACCGGUGGCUACUGAAGAUGCUAUUGGAGUGGGAGAGCCAACUUUGGUGGAGGAAAUGUGAUGGUGAAGACGUUUCUUCUACCGGCGAGCGGCUUUCCUGAAACCUUUUUUUGGGUCGGAAAAUUAUGCGUCGAACAGGCAACCAUUUAGAAUUAGAUCCAACAUUCAUACCUAGUGACAACCAAAUGUACUUACUACAUCUACAGUCAAUUUGAAUGAAUUUGCAAUCGCACGCCUUCGAAAAUUUUCUAGUGAUUUUCUUGUCGUUGUACUUAAAUGGUAAGCUAAGGCAUUCAAGAAUGCCAAUGCCUACCCUGUAGGAGCUUUUCUUUGUCGUAAAACAGUGUGUCUUUGCUGCUUGAAGUUUGGCUUCAAGCACGAGCAUGAAGAAGUG